UCCUGAUUGGCUAAAAAAUAUGGAGUCAGGUGACGUCAUAUUUCCGGGUUUGGGGUAGGACGUUGAGAGGUAACUCUCGGUCAUUCUUUUCAGACGUGAGGUAGAUGACCUGGCACUGAGGCUGCUCCAACAAUCUAAAGGUCACAUUUUCAAAGAGCAGCAAGUGAGGCACAACUACACUAGUCAUAAAGUACCAGCAUACUAAAGAGACCUCACACAGGUGUGCACACGUCUGUCUCAAAACCCCCAUGAUUAUGAAAAUCAACCUUAGCAAUGUUCUACUGAUCCCAGUUCACCUGCUGGUAUGGAUGUACUCAGUGCUGAGCUUCCUACCCUGGUACUUCCUAACGGGAGCCCAGGAGAAGAUAGCCAAGGCCAAGCGACCCAAGGCCAAAUCCACCAAAGGUCAAAUAGAAGGACCCUAUCGCUCCGUGGACCGCUUCGACUCUCUGGCCCUGAUGGACUUCCCGGGAAAAGACACGCUGGACAAACUGUUUGAUAAUGCAGUGCAGCGCUUCAAUAAGCUACAAUGCCUGGGCACACGGACCAUCCUGAGUGAAGAGAAUGAAACCCAGCCAGGUGGCAAGGUCUUCAAAAAGCUGAUCUUGGGGGAUUACAAGUGGAUGACGUAUCAAGAGGUGGAUGCUGACGUUACUCUCUUUGGCAGUGGUUUGGCAGCACUGGGCCAGCAGCCAAAAAACACUAUUGCUAUAUUUUGUGAAACUCGUGCUGAAUGGAUGAUCACAGCUCAGGCCUGCUUCAGACGCAAUUUCCCAUUGGUCACGUUUUACGCCACUCUUGGAGAAGACGCUGUUGCCUUUGGACUCAACGAGUGUGGUGUGACUCACUUGGUCACUAGUAUAGAGCUUCUGGAAACCAGAUUAAAGAGUGUCCUUCCUCAAAUCCCCAACCUGAGGCACAUCAUUUAUGUCGACAACAAGAGCCUCAACACCGCAGGCUAUCCGGAAAACAUUCAGAUUCACAGUAUGCAGUCUGUAAAGGAGCUCGGUGCAAAGCCUGAAAACUUGAGCAGGGAGAUAGUCAGACCCGUCCCGUCAGACAUGGCCGUCAUCAUGUACACCAGUGGCUCCACAGGACGUCCCAAAGGAGUCAUGAUUGUCCAUAGCAAUCUCAUUGCAGGCAUGACAGGCCAGUGUGAGAGGAUCCCAGGCCUUGGCUGCAAGGACACGUACAUUGCUUAUUUGCCCCUGGCCCAUGUGCUGGAGAUGACUGCAGAGAUCUCGUGCGUAGCCUAUGGCUGCAGGAUUGGUUACUCUUCACCGCAGACACUCUCUGAUCAGUCCACAAAAAUUAAAAAGGGCAGUAAAGGUGACUGCACUGUCCUAAAGCCAACACUGAUGGCAGCUGUCCCAGAAAUAAUGGACCGCAUCAAGAAAAACGUCUUAAGCAAAGUGCAGGAGAUGAACGUGGUGCAGAGGACCCUGUUCAAUCUGGCCUACAACUACAAGCUGGAGCAGAUCAAGAACGGCUACGAUGCUCCUCUUUGCAACUUGAUGUUUAAGAAGGUGAGAGCACUGUUGGGAGGAAAUGUGCGAAUGAUGCUGUCAGGAGGGGCUCCUCUCUCCUCUUCCACACAGCGCUUCAUGAACAUCUGUUUCUGCUGCCCCGUGGGUCAGGGUUACGGCCUCACUGAGACCUGUGGAGCAGGCACUAUCACUGAGGUGACCGACUACAGCACAGGAAGAGUCGGGGCUCCUCUCAUUUGCUGUGAGGUGAAAGUCCGAGACUGGUUAGAAGGUGGCUAUACAAAGCUUGACAAGCCUCAUCCACGAGGUGAGAUUUUGAUUGGUGGUGCAAAUGUGACCAUGGGCUACUUUAGGUGUGACAAGAUGGCCAGUGAGGAAUUCUUUGUGGAUGAAAAUGGACAGCGCUGGUUCUGCACUGGAGAUAUAGGAGAGAUUCACCCUGAUGGCUGUCUGCAGAUUGUGGACCGUAAGAAGGACCUUGUGAAACUGCAGGCUGGAGAGUACGUGUCUUUGGGCAAAGUUGAGUCGGCACUGAAGAACUGCUCUCUUAUUGACAACAUUUGCGCAUACGCCAACAGUGAUCAAAACUAUGUGAUCAGCUUUGUCGUACCAACCCAGAAGAAACUGACCGAUCUGGCUCAUCAGAAGGGUAUCACAGGUACAUGGCUGGACAUCUGCAACCACCCGAUUAUGGAGAUGGAAGUCUUGAGGGAAAUUAAAGAAGUUGCCACUUCAAUUAAACUGCAGCGCUUUGAGAUCCCAGUAAAAGUUCACCUGAGCCCGGAUCCGUGGACUCCUGAAACCGGCUUGGUGACCGAUGCAUUCAAACUGAAGAGGAAGGAGCUGAAGAACCACUAUCUUCACGACAUCGAGCGAAUGUACGGCCGUAAAUAGAAACCCGGACGAUUGCAAGAAAACUGUCAUCACUCUUCUGCCAUACGUGCUGUAAUAUGUAUACAUGUUUAGUAAAGUUCAGCUGCAACCACA